AUGAGCAAUAUGUUGCACGAAGAAAAAAGCCAACACGCGCUGCACAAACAUGUCGAACAACCCAUACACAUUUUAAACAGCACAGAAAUAUCAGACAAAGACAAAAAAUUAAACGCCUUAAGAAUAAUAUAUGAAAAGCUGUCAGAAUUUUUUACCAUUUGCAAGGAAGAAGAAAAGGAAAAUUUUUGUCUCUUUUUUCGCAACUAUCUGCUGUGCGAGCUGCACAAAUGGAUUAACGAAGAAUUCGAUGAGUGCAGGAAUUUUACGCUUGACAUUUACUUUCUUAUUGAAAAAAAUCUCGACGAUACUUUGCUAGACGGCGUGCUAUUUAAAAAUGUCAGCAGGGAUGAUAAUUUUCUUUAUAUCUGUACGAACAGAUUGAAGGAAGAUAAAAAUAAAAAAAUUAUAGAAGAUAAAGAAGAAGUCAGAUUAAAAAUUGUGCAAUUUAUUAGCAUUAUUGUCCACAGAUUUAGGAACAAAUGCGCGGACUCUGCUCCACAUGUGCUGGACAUUAACCCCUAUCUUGAAGAUAUUUUAACGGCAUUAUCAGUUUUAAUUAAAGACCCCUUUCCCCUCAUAAAAAAAAUCAGCUGCCAGUUGUUAUGUGAACUAUCGUUUGAAAACAAGCCAAAGGAGUUUAAUCACCUGUACAGGAGCCUGUUGAAAGGUUUGUUGACCGCCUUAGCCGUAAGACAGAAUGACAUUCGCGAGCUAGCUCUGAGAUGCCUGAAAAAGCUGCUAUGCCUUGGGAGCAACAGAGAUUUCCUUGAUGACCUCGCAGAAUGUUUAAAAAACUUGUGCAGGAAAAAAUCGAGCACCGUUCUGCUCCAAGUGGUGGAUUGCAUUGAAGUCUGGAAUUUACAGAUUAACGAUUUAAGCAAAUGCGAAAGGGCUAAACUAGUGUUUAUUGUCCUUUUGUGCGCAAAUACAAAUAUAUCGCCCUCCUUCAACGAGAGAUGUUACGCUGCCCUGAAAAGGAUAGCCUCUUCGUUAAAGGGAAUAGCGAAUGGGCCAAGUGAGAAGCAUGUAGGCAAGGAGGAACUUCUCAAAAAUGACACACAUUCUGAAACUGAAAAAACGAAUGUGCUUCGAAAUGAGGAAAAUGUUUAUGAGGGAAGAACCAUUUGGCAGAAGGAACACUACUAUGUACAUUCGGGGGAAGCACCAGGUGCAUAUUUUUUCUCCAGGAUGAACAACCUUUUUUACACACCCUCCCCGUUUAACGUUGUGUGCAGUGAUAUUCCUGUCCUCUUUGGGGAAAUAAAAAAGGAACUAUUCUACGAGAUUAUGAAUAAUGAACGAAAUUCGUGGAGCGAAGGGAAGGAUGAUUUCGCCAGCAUUCUAACCGCGUUUCUGUUGUGCACCUACUGCGACACAGUUCAUUUUGUUAGACCCAUCUUGUCCUUUGUGUACAGAUCGCUGGUCUUGUUUAAGUACAUCGACUGCCCGACAACGCCCUUGUUGGUGUGUGGUAUAUCUGCGGAGGAAGUCUCACCGAAGGACGGCACGCUGAAGAACGCCGCUUCGCAGUACGGCUACGAAUACGACUCCUUUUUGUACCUCACCAAAUUUGUCUGCCUAAUUAUCACGUGUGGGUAUUUAAUGCCCCUGAAUGUGACGCUCCCCGAAGUGGCCCAACUGCUGCUAGGCGACUGCAACGUUCGCAAAGUUGCGGAGAGUUUUUACAAAAUUAGCGACGUAUCCUCAAGUGGCGUGCAUGAUGGAGAUGGAAGUGGCAGAAACAAUUUCACCUCCUGCUUAACCAACACAAGUGGUGGAGGUUACACAGAAUAUAUUUUUUCAAACACUAAUUAUCACAAGUACCAACGGAAGGCGUACGAAAGGUGGAGUGCGCACAGGAAGAACGACAUUCUUUUGGAGGAGCAUUCUGGUGGGGGUGAUCAGCUAGACCAGCACUUGGAAAAGAGAGCCACGGAUGAUGACAGGGGGGAAGAACCCAAUAAAAGGGAACCGCAAGAUGUGGUGAAGGGAGACGCGGUGCACGAAUCGGCCAACGAUUCGAUAGACGAAUCGGUGCACUACCCCGUGGACAGCGCCCCCAUAAUAUGUGACAACAAAAAAAUCGUGCUCAUGAUGCUGUCCCAGUUGCUAGCCGGCUACUACCUUCAGAACGAACCAACAGAAAGCAAACUGGACGAAGAACAAAUAAAUUUCAUUUUAUUUCUAAUAAGCGAGUAUGCGAAAUACGAGCACGUAGAUGCGUUUCCCUACAUGUUGAUGACCCUAAAAUAUUUGCUAAGCAUUAUCAGGGAGGACUGCAAAAAGUACAGCAAAAUUUUUUUCCACUUUUUGGUCGUUCUACUGUCGGAUACUCAGUUUUGCCCACAAUCAGAAGUGCGAAAAUUAAUUGAAAAAAUUGAGCAUUAUCACCAUGGGGAUAAAACAAAAAGUGAUUUUUACAACGAGGAGUAUGUCCACUUUGUACAGAACGUUCCCACGAUGAUAAAUAUAAACGACCUUAACAAUUUCAAAUGUAACAUUGAAUUUUUAAAUGUACUUUUGUGUAACAUAAGUGAAGAAGUCAUGAUGGAACAGUCGAACCAUUUGAUGGAUUUCUUACUCAUAAUUAUGAAUCAAGAAUUAAGGCCAUUAAUAAAAUCAGAAUUUUUAUUGUUCUUAAAUUUGUUUUGUUCGAAGAAUAUUUUCCCCAAUUUUUUACAAAAAAAUUCGCAACAAAUAUUGAAAAAUAUUUUGUUACCCUUAUGCACAUGGAAGAGUGGUCUAAACGAGGCGCAGACACGAAAAGGAGCUCUACAUUGUAUAAGAACAUUAUUCGUAAAAAAGGACCUCCAUAAAUAUGUAAUUGAAAAUAAUGCCCUGAUUGAAAAUUUGGUAUGUGUCCUCAAAUCUUCGACUGAUGAUACGUGGAAUGCUGAAAAUAGAGAAAUAGCCAUCGCCAUAUAUGCACAAAUUGCAAGGCGCGUAAGCAAUAAUAAUAUUUUAUUGGACCUGUUAAAUAUUUUGCUAAAGCUAAUGGAAGACUCCAGUAACACAAUUCGUAAAUUGUCCGCAAAUGGAUUGUAUUCACUUUUUCUGAAUGAGUCUUUAAUUCUAUCUGAUGAAGUUUGUGAAGAGGUUUUCCCCACCUUGUUGCUCCACAUGGAUGACGACUCUCCAGACGUCAGCGAAAUGGUUUACCGUACCUUAUUACUUGCCAAAAAGUUUAACCAGACGAUUUUCCUUAAGGUACUCCUGGCAUAUAUGCAUACAGAGUUCGCACCUACUGAGGCGCGCCCCUAUUUUUGCAUCAUAAAUAAUAUUUGUUUGCUCCCUGAAUUGGAAGGGUUUCUAAACAUAGCGGGGACGAAUAAAAUGACAACACUCUGA